AUGGCAGAGACCACAGAGAAUAGUGAAGGCCCGAAAGGCGCCAGUCCAGUUGCUGAUGAAGACUCAGAUCUGGGCUCAGAUUCAAGUUCCAAAACAAGCGCAGAUUCUGAUUCUGAUUCCGGUACGAGUUCUGACUCCAGUUCUGGUGAGGAAUCAGAUGAUGAUGACAUCGGUGAAUCAGAAAAAGACCUUCUUCACAAAGAAAUGCAAAGUCUUCAAGAACACUAUAAUAGGCUAGAGGAUGCUCUUAAGAGGGAAAAAGUUCAAACAAUCAGAGAUGCAGAUCUUGGUAAGUCUAUUCAUCAUCUUGAGGAGGUGCAUGAGUUGUUUGAGACAGCCAAAGGUCAUAAUAUGGUUUCUUUUUUGCCUAAAGAUGCUCUGAUAUUUAAGAGCAUAUCACAGCAAUCAUCUGACACUGCAAGGAAUCUAAAACUGGGUACCUCUAGAAAGGGACUAAACCCCACCAUGUUUAAUGCUAAACUCACUGAGUAUUUAAGCUACGAGCAAAACCAGCCCACUAAUCCCGAUAUGGAUGACAUUACCGAAGAUAUUGCAAAUACACAGUUUGCCAACUACAAUUGGGCAAAACUUGGAGCAUUGUCGUAUUUAGCAUCUAGAAGAAGUUACACAUCCAACUUCUUACUUGGUGCAUUGAGUCUUGAAAAAAAAAAGGUCAGGACCCACACGCAGCGAACUGUAGAUGAGGUGAACGAAACAGUGACUGCUAAUAGAGUCACGUUAAAUGAUAUUCAAAAGGGAGAUACCGACUCUUCUGUCAAAAUGAUGAAGCAACAUUUCCAUGUUUUUGCUGAAAAGUCCAAGAUGAAAAAAGUCAAUCUAUUCGAAUAUUUCAUUGACCCAGGAUCUUAUGCUAGGACUAUCGAAAAUAUGCUGUACACUUCUUUUAUGUUGAAUUAUGGGAAAAUAAUAUUAGUCCAUGGAGAGGAUGGAAUUCCCUAUAUACAAGUUGCUGAUAAAGACACUAUACAAAAAGAUUCAGAACUAUAUCAGAAAGUAAAGGACAAUGAUGAAUCACACAGCCAGUUUAUCGUACGUUUAGAAAUGGAUGUGUGGGAGGCUUUGAUAAAAAAAUAUAACAUCACCAAACCAUAUGUUGAUCCUCAGUUAUUGAGCCAUGAGGAUUAG